GCCCAAGUUAACUAUAAGACUCCAUUUCCCAGCAAGCUCAGCGUUCAACGUGCGCUAUGGAGCCGCGUGUCGCAGACCUGAAGCAGAAGAUUGAGGACACUUUGUGUCCUUUUGGCUUCGAGGUUUACCCUUUCCAGGUGGCGUGGUACAAUGAACUCCUGCCUCCAGCCUUCCACUUGCCCUUCCCAGGACCUACCCUGGCCUUCCUGGUACUAAGCACACCUGCUAUGUUUGACAAAGCCCUCAAGCCCUUCUUGAAGAGCCACCACCUCCAACCACCGAGAGACCCAGUGGAUCAGUGCGUGUCCUACCACCUGAGGAGUGUUAGGGAGAAAUUUCCAGAACUGCAAAUGGAAGUCAUUGCUGACUAUGAGGUCCACCCCAACCGGCGCCCUAAGAUUCUAGCCCAGACCGCAGCCCAUGUGGCAGGUGCUGCUUACUACUACCAACGACAAGAUGUGGAUGCUGACCCAUGGGGGACCCAGCACAUAGCAGGUGUGUGCAUACACCCCCGAUUUGGGGGCUGGUUUGCUAUCCGAGGAGUAAUAUUGCUGCCAGGGAUUGAAGUACCAAAUUUGCCACCCAGAAAGGCCCCUGACUGUGUGCCUACAAGAGCUGGCCGCAUCACUCUGCUUGAAGGCUUCAAUUUCCAUUGGCGUGACUGGACUUACCGGGAUGCUGUGACUCCUGAAGAACGUUACUCAGAAGAGCAGAAGAUCUACUUUUCUACCCCACCUGCCCAACGCUUGGCCCUAUUAGGCUUUGCCCAGCCCUCAGAACACGCUAGCAUUACACCUGAGCAUCCCAGUUCCAUGCUUACCAAGCCCCAGAAUUCCAGCAGAGCAAGAAGCUGGCUUAGCCCCAAUGUCUCACCACCUGUAUCCCCGGGUCCUUGACCUUUUCCCCUGUGAGAUACCAUUUGUGUUAGAUUUAUUUUGGGUAAAAUUUGGGUCUUGAAAAAGCACUUUUGUUUUUUUUGGGUUUUUUUUUUUUUUUUUUUUUUUUUGGUUUUUGGUAUUCAAGACAGGGUUUCUCCCUGUAGUUUUGGUGACUGUCCUGGAAUUCACUCUGUAGACCAGGCUGGCCUCCAACUCACAGAGGUCUGCCUGCCUCUGCUUCCCAAGUGCUGGGAUAAAAGACAUAUGCUGCCACCACCCAGUAAAAAAAAAGCACGUUUUAUUUGAGUAUUAUUUCCUGAUAAUAGCUCUUCAAAGAGAGUCAAGAUUCACUUUACAUUGGUCAAGACAAAUCACAUGCCAAGGCAGACUCAAAAUCAGCAGCUGCCUUCAAAUAGUACUCUAAAUACUAUUUAGAGUUGUGGUUCUCAAUUUUCCUAAUGCAACCCUUUAAUACAGUUAGUUAUGUUGUGGUAACCCCAACCAUAAAAUUAUUUUGUUAUAAUUUUGAUAGUUAUAAAUCAUAAUGUAAAUGUUUUCAGAUGGUCUUAGGCGACCCCUGUAAAAGCGCCCUUCAACUCCCAAAGGGGUCUUGACCCACAGGCUGAGAACCACUGAUUUGGAGGAUCCUAGGGGUAUACACCCUUUAAGUGGUACCUACCACAUAGGGCUAUGCCAAGUUAUUAUUUGAAUAAACUACUUUGAAACUGUC